AUGCCUUCUUCUCUUCAGUUGGAUAGGUUCAAUCCUUUCACCGACGCCGCAACCACCGCCAUCUCCAACGGCCUAAACUGCCCCAAACAGUCUCAAGUGCAGCCUUCCUUGCCCGGUCGUCGUCUCGUGGUGCCCUCUCUCCCGGACUCGGUGGCGCGGUACCACGUGCACGUGGCGGAGCCGAACCAGUGCUGCUCCGUGGUGAUCCAGGCGAUCAACGCGCCCGUCGCCGCUGUGUGGGCUGUGGUGCGGCGCUUCGACCACCCGCAGGGCUACAAGAACUUCGUGAAGAGCUGUCACGUCAUCACCGGCGACGGCAUUCGCGUCGGCGCCGUCCGCGAGGUGCUGGUGGUGUCUGGGCUCCCCGCUGAGUCGAGCACCGAGCGUCUGGAGAUCCUGGACGACGAACGCCACGUCAUGAGCUUCAGCGUCGUCGGUGGAGACCACCGGCUGAGGAAUUACCGGUCGGUGACCACGCUCCACGCGAGCGGGAACGAGACACUUGUGAUCGAGUCGUACGUGGUUGACGUACCGCAGGGUAACACUGUAGAGGAAACGUGUGUGUUCGUGGAGACAAUCGUACGUUGUAAUCUGCAAUCGCUGGCUCAGAUCGCUGAAAAUAGGACCCGAAUUUGUGAUCAUGAAAACUGUCACUGA